AUGUUCGCCAUGGUACUGGCGAUUGGUCUAUUGGUCGAUGAUGCCAUCGUUGUGGUUGAGAACGUCGAACGGGUAAUGCAAGAAGAACAUGCCGGUCCAGUUGAAGCCACUGAAAAAUCGAUGAAACAAAUUUCAGGUGCUUUGGUCGGUAUUACCAGCGUAUUGACUGCUGUAUUUGUGCCAAUGGCAUUCUUUGGUGGUACUACGGGGCAUGAUCCAAAUCAAGAACCAAGCAAUAACAUUUUUGCGCGUUUCUUCCGUUGGUUUAACCGCAGUUUUGAAAAAGUAGCAGAGAAAUACCAAGGUGGUGUCAAUCUUGGACUGUACAAAAUGCUCCCCUCUUCUUUCUUACCAGAAGAAGACCAAGGCGUAGUUAUGACGUUGGUUCAGCUACCACCAAGUGCCAGCCUUGAACGAACAGAUAAAGUCAUCACAACCAUGACCGAUUACUUCUUAAAUAAGGAAAAAGCACAUGUAUGGCUUCUCAAGACAAACGUCUUGCAGGUGUUCGUCCAAAUGGUCAAGAAGAUACCCCUCAAUAUCAAAUCAACAUUGAUCAAGCGCAAGCUGGUGCAAUGGGAGUCACGUUCGGUUUCGGUGUAUUACCACUUGCUUUAUCAAGCGGUGCUGGUGCCGGUAGCCAACACUCAGUCGGUUAUGGUGUAUUGGGUGGUCGCACAACUUAAGCUCGCUGACCAAACAUUAAAAGCGCAGCUUGACUCUUAUAACCUCAACAAAAAACGUUUUGAUGUCGGUAUCGACAGUGAAGUGCCUGUUCGUCAGGCUCAGAUUUCUGUUGAAACCGCACGUAAUGAUGUUGCCAAUUAUAAGACUCAAAUUGCACAAGCUCAGAACUUGCUAAAUCUGCUUGUUGGACAAUCAGUUCCAGACAACUUAUUGCCAACACAACGUGUAACGCGUAUUACCUCAAAUGCUGCGUUCGCUUCUGGUUUACCAAGUGACUUGCUGAACAACCGUCCAGACGUCAAAGCGGCUGAAUACCAACUUUCUGCUGCUGGUGCAAAUAUCGGUGCUGCGAAAGCACGCUUAUUCCCAACCAUCAGUUUGACGGGUACUGCAGAAUUGAUUGUAUUGGCUUCGCCACAAAGUCAGGAUAAGUACUAUGCAGAAAAAAUCGAUGAUAUCUUUGAUUUCCACGUCGAUUAUGCAAAGAAAAUUAUUCAAAAUGGUGACAAUGUGAUGAUCUUAACCGAUCAACAACUUUACCCUGAUUAUGUCAAAGCAUUGGGUAAACAGCAUGUCACCAUCGCGCCUAUGCAAGAUAUUUGGAUGCGUGAUUUUAGUAGUGCCAAUCCCAAUCAACCUGUUCUUUUUCGUUAUACCGCAGCAGGACAAGGUGGAACCAAAAAAGCUCAAGCCAUUUCUGAUGAUGUUCAAGCAGACUUUAAAGCCUAUAGUCAAAAAGCUGGUUUAAAAUUUACCCAGACUCAACUGCUCAAUGAUGGCGGUAAUUGGGUUGAAGAUGGUUAUGGCAAUGUUGUGUUAAGCACCAAGUUCUUAGCUGACAAUCAUUUAACCGAAAACCAAGCUAGAGCACAGCUGAUCCGUUUAACGGGCGCUAAACAUAUUGCAUUUAUUGAAGCGGAUGAACAAGGUGGUUUAGAACAUGCGGAUGGUGUCGUAAGCUUUAUAGAUCAGAAUACUUUAGUGAUUAACACCUAUCCUGAAGACCCCGACUACGCCAAACAGUUAAAAAUUGAUUUAAAACGCGGUAUUCCAGAUAUCAAAAUUCAUGAAAUCACCACACCUUAUGAUGCGCAAAAUAUUGCUACAACCUACGAUCCUACCGAGAUCGAGAAAAAAUGGUACAAGACUUGGGAAGAGAAAGGUUAUUUCCAACCGUCUCGUAAAGGCGAUUCAUUCUGUAUCAUGAUUCCGCCACCGAACGUCACAGGUAGCUUGCACAUGGGUCAUGGUUUUAACAAUGCCAUCAUGGAUGCCUUGACACGUUACAACCGUAUGUCUGGUAAAAAUACUUUAUGGCAACCGGGUACUGACCAUGCGGGUAUUGCAACGCAAAUGGUGGUUGAGCGUCAAUUGGCAGCUCAAGACAUUAGUCGUCAUGAUUUAGGGCGUGAAAAGUUCAUCGACAAAAUUUGGGAAUGGAAAGAACAAUCUGGCGGCACAAUUACCCGUCAAAUUCGUCGUCUUGGCUCAUCUGUAGAUUGGUCACGUGAACGUUUCACCAUGGAUGAUGGCCUUUCAAAUGCUGUUAAAGAAUGGUUGCAACAACCCGUCCAGAAACAUUACUGGGUGAUACUGCUGUUGCAGUUGCUCCAGAUGACGAACGUUAUGCACACCUUGUUGAGCGCUUUGCUGCACGUAAAAAAUUGGUUGCACAAGCUGAAGCUGAAGGUUGGUGUGAUCAUUGAACCAUUAUUGACCGACCAAUGGUAUGUCAAGAUUGCGCCUCUUGCAGAGCCUGCAAUCAAAGCAGUAAAAGAUGGCGAUAUUAAGUUUGUGCCUGAACAAUACAGCAAUAUGUAUAUGGCUUGGAUGAACAACAUUCAAGACUGGUGUAUUUCUCGUCAAUUGUGGUGGGGUCACCGUAUCCCAGCUUGGUACGAUGCAGAAGGCAACAUAUAUGUUGGUUGUUCUGAAGAAGAAGUUCGUGAAAAAAACAAUAUCGCUGCUGAUAUUGAAUUAAACCAAGAUGAAGAUGUACUGGAUACAUGGUUCUCUUCAGGUCUUUGGACCUUCUCUACACUGGGUUGGACCGGUGAUGAAGCAAAAGAUAAAGAAAACUAUUUCUUAAAUACAUUCCACCCAACGGAUGUAUUGGUUACUGGUUUUGACAUCAUUUUCUUCUGGGUUGCCCGAAUGAUCAUGAUGACCAUGCACUUCAUGAAAAAUGAAGAUGGUCAAAAAAUGUCUAAAUCUAAAGGGAACGUACUCGACCCAUUAGAUUUGAUUGAUGGUGUAGAUCUUGAAACCUUAGUACAAAAACGUACCACUGGUUUAAUGAACCCUAAAGAUGCACCAAAAAUUGAGAAAUCUACACGUAAAGAAUUUCCUGAAGGCCGUGACAUUAAGUUCGAUAUGAAACGUGUUGAAGGCUAUCGUAACUUUGCCAACAAAAUCUGGAACGCAACCCGUUUCGUAAUGAUGAACUGUGAACAACAGCCAAUUGGUCAGGAAAUCCGUCAAGAUCUUUGGGAACUUCCUGAACAAUGGAUUGUCAGCCGUUUACAAAAAGCGGAAGCUGCCGUUCAACAAGCGUUUGCAACCUACCGUUUAGAUUUGGCUGCUCAAGCGAUUUAUGAGUUCAUCUGGAAUGAAUACUGUGACUGGUAUGUUGAACUGACCAAACCAGUACUGAAUGAUGAAAACGUAUCGGCUGAGCGUAAAGCAGAAGUUCGUCGUGUCCUUCUUUCUGUAAUGGAAGCGUCUUUACGUCUUGCACAUCCAAUCAUGCCAUUCUUAACUGAAGAAAUUUGGCAGACCCUUGCACCAAUGAUUGGUAUUGGUGGUGAAACCAUCAUGCUUGCGCCAUACCCUGUUCCAAAUCCUGAACGUAUCAAUGAUCAGGCUGAAGCAGAUAUGCUUGGGCUACAAGGCUUGAUUGGCGCUGUACGUAAUAUUCGUGGCGAAAUGGGCUUAGGCUUGAUUGAUCCGAAAGCAGAACUUGCUCGUUUGCAAAAAGACUUAGAUAAGGUUCAAAAACAGCAUGACCAAAUUGCUUCUAAACUUGCAAAUGAGGGCUUUGUGGCUAAAGCACCUGCUGCUGUUGUUGAAGGUGAAAAAGUUAAACUUGCUGAGUUUGUAGAUCAGUUAGCCAAGAUUAAAGCCAAUAUGGAACAGAUUGCGGCGCUUUAA